CAUGCAGUUAUCGCAGUUCGUGGCUGCGCGAUCGUGAGGACGGUCGGGAUUUUCGUCGUCACUUCGCUCAGAUCAGACUUCCGCGGCGUAGGUCCUCUUUCCGAAGAAGAAGAGGAAGGAGAAGAAGAGAAAGAAGAAAAGGAAUUGAGUUAGGAGAUAAGAGGAGGAGGAGGAGGAGGAGGAGGAAGAGGAGGAGGAAGAAUUGAAGACGAAUACGAACACGAAUAGAGACGAAGAAUAAAAAGAAGAAGGCAAGACAAAGACAGAAGAAGGACGAGGAGAGUGCAACGACUACGAGUCUCUCUUUCUCUCUCUCUCUCUCUCUCUUUCUCUCUCUUUCUCCCCCCCCCCCUUUUUCUCUAUAGUGUAAUCAAGGGCGUAGAUAACGCAUUAAUAAGACGUCUAAAAUGUUCUCCGGUUUAACGAACCAAGUUUCAAAUUGGAUGGGAAAGAAAGCCGACGAAGCUCCAGAACUUCCGCCGGAGGAAAAGAUUCCACCGGUCGAAGGUGGCGAACUCGUCGAGGGCGAGAAAAAAGACAGUUUCAACGAAAGCAUUGGCAGGCGCGAAGAGCCUCGGAGGAUUUUUGUACAGCGCUGUGAACAAGGCCGGCAAGACAGUGGUCGAGGCCAGUGUGAAAAUCAAGAAGACGGUUGAAGAAAACAGACUGAUUGCCGAACUCAAUAAAGAGCAAGAGGCUUUCAUCGCGAGUAAGCAAAAUGGAAAGGGCGAAGCAGUCGCCCCAUGGGUUGGAGCACCGAACGAGGAUGUAUUGCGCGAGGAAUGUCUGUCUCUAUCUACGGAACGUCGUAACUUCACGAGAGCACCACCACCCGACGUUGAAUUCGCUUGGGAUUUCGAGGCCGUUCAGCCUGUGGCACGAGCCACACUUGCCCUGGACCCUAAUCUCGAGAAGAUGAGAUACGAAUUGGUUCCGAAAGUCGUAUCGGAGGACGAAUUUUGGCGCAAUUAUUUCUACCGAGUGUCGUUACUACGACAGAGCCACGAGCUUAACGCGAUGGCCAACCAACAGCAAAGUGAAAACCCCAAUCAAAAUCUCAGCACCACCGAUAGCAUGGAUCAUACUCAAGUUCAAGUGACCACUGGCCAAGAAACGAGUACCACUGUGACGACGGGCAAUAACAACACGUUGGCCGAUUCACCAGGUCACGAAUUCGUUUCCGAUAGUAUGAGGGUCUCGGACACGGACCUUGAGGAGGUUCGAGAAGGCAUGAAAAAGCUGGGAAUGCAACCAUCGAAAGAAGAAGAUUGGGAACGUGAAUUGGAAGCCGAGCUGAAGGAUUACGAGUUUGUUUCGAGUGGCCAGGAAAGGAACAUCGCAUUAAUAAACGACGUUAUCGGGGAUAAGGAAGACUGGGAGAAGCAGAUCGACGAGAUACUCAACGAUGACGAGAAGAUUUUCUCAGUAACUGGUUAAAGAGAGAAUCCUUACUAUUGCUAUAAUAUAUAAUAUAAUAUUUUUUUUUGUA